UUAGAGUUUUGUAGUACUGACAAAUAUGUCGGCCGCUGGAAAUCUCUUAUCCCCCAAUUUAUUUUGACAUAUGAGAAGAACACACAGUUAUUGUGGGAUUAUUGUCACCUGAUUUUCUUCUAUUUAGCUGACGUAUUUGUAAACUGGCCUGCAAACAGAUGCGAGCUAUUUUAAAGUGAAGUGACAAGGCAAGCAGCUUCCACCCAGCUAACAGUAGAGCUAGGUGGGUAGUAGAAACGUCAGCCGUAUGUGUGUGUGGCUAGCUAGUCAACAUUAACGGUAUGUGUACCAGCUCGGUACCGGACUAGCUAACGGUAGCCACCACAGCAAGAUUCGUGACGUUACAGGUCGCUGUCACCGCUGAAUGAGUCGCAUGGAUAUAAAUGGAUGUAACGCUCAGGAGCUGUCUCUGCUGAUUAUUAUCACAAGAGGAACCUACAGCACCAGGACUGGCACGGCCCGGUCACCGGGCUUGGACCCAGAACCAGAGUAAAGCCUCCGUACAGGUGCAGCAUCCUGACCAACCAGACUGGAUUCACUUUUUUUUGUGACCCUGGACGGCCUUUUGAAAUUCCUAUUCACUAGUGCCACCUCCGUGUUUCAUUCAAACACGCAAAGUGGUUCACGUCAACAGUUGAGGAGCCCACUGAUCAGCACUGGAUUCUGUUUUCAAGGUGGAGCAGGAUACUUCAAACCUCAAACACUUCAGGAUACAAUGGCCCUAGGAAUCACCAUCUUCCAGACAUAAAAGCUACUGCUUUUCCAAUUGUUGUUGACGUCCUAUUUAGGACGUUGCUCCAGAGAGGCUGUAUCCUCCAGGGGAGUGUUGUGGGAGCAUGUUAUCCAAGCCUCAGUGCUCUGCACUGGGGAUGGAGUCAGAGGGAAGGCCCUGAUAGUCCCUGGAGAAGAAAAGAAGGCAAAACACAAAUCGGCCUGUAGCUGGAAGACUGACAGUUACAUAACGAACACCAGUGGGAGAACUGAGUUUUUCUAUUUUGCCAUUGCUGGCUUGUAUGAAAUAAUACAAUUAUCUCACACAUACCCCCCCAGCGCUCCAAAUCAAGACUGUUAGUUUAGUUCUUUCUCAAAAAUUGAAUUUCCAUGUACACUAAUGGAUGUUCUACUGGAUUUUCCCCCAGAUGUUUUGGAAAAAAUCACAUGCCCACUUCCUGCUUUUUAUCUUCCAAUCACAUCCCUGGGGCAACUGGCAGGUGAGGUGGUUUGAAUUGGCCACCGGCAGGGUUUAGGGAUGCCCCGACACAGGAAAACCAGGUUACCCCACUGGCCGGUUUACAGACUGCUGUUUCUAAUACGAGUCCUGGACUGAAAGCACGUAGUCUCCUCUAACAGAGAGCAAGGGGUUGUCACAUUUUAUUUUCAAGACAUUUUCUAACAUUGCUACGGCUGCCCAGACUGCUCAUCUCUGGGUGCUAAAAACGUGAAAUGAAUGGGAUUCUCCAUACAUUCUGCUAGCACAGGCUAUAAACAAGCCCAUUUCCCCUUUGAGGUCUUGACCUGCAAUUUUUCUACACUGAGGACAGUCGUCAUCCCAGCCUUUUUCUUCCAAGCUUCCCUCUCCAUUUUCUCUUUCUUUCAGCCUCAUUUCAUGUCGUGCAGUUUCUUUUGGUCCAUCUUGUAAAUCCAUCACCUACCAAAACGGCCUACCUCUGCCAACUCUUGUACCUCACGAAACUCCCAUUUAUAGACCCAUCGAAUCAAACGGGAGGAGUUUUAGCUGAGGUCUUCUGUCUGUCACGAUGUGAUUGGACUUUACAGUACCAAAACACUUAGGAACUAAGUUAUUGUGUUUUAAUGGAAGGAUCAAAAUAGUUUUUUAAAAUCUCAGUCACGGUCAUGUUUUUUUAUUGCACUUUUAUUAUGUUUUUCACUCAGCCUUUAUUCGCCUUGCUGUACAACAAAUAGAUAUUUUUUUUUUUUAGACUGAUUUUACUUUUGUGGAAACUGACCUGUGAGAAUGAUUAGUUUCUAUUAGCUUGUAUUUGUAAUGGAUUGACAUGUUGUGUGGAACAGAGUCAAACUAGUGUUGUGUAUUUACCUGUAAUUUUUGUAUGAGAUAGUUGUCCAGACACCACCUACAAUUUACAAUCUCUGCGACUUGAACUUAAACACACACACACACACACACACACACACACACAAAGGAUCAUCAGGAAUGACCUAAGAAAACACGUAAUUGCUCCUCAUCUCAUUGUGGUGAAGAAGAGUAUUUUCCUCUUUUCUACCUGAAAGAAGAAGCCCUCCUCAAUUAUCCCUCCAUCUAUUUUAUCCUUUAUAUGUUUCCUUUUUACCACUUGUUAAUUUCUGUGCCAAUACUACUGAUCCAUUCAUUGCAACACACCUAAAGGAACUCUGAAUGAUACAUUCCUCAGCAUAGCAGCAGUUGCUUAAAAGACACAUACUCCUACACAAAGGAAGUGAUGCCAGGUGGCAGCAGUAAGAGUGGAGGGCGGGGUCCGUCCUCAUCUCCUCUCCCCCACGCCGUUGUCCAGCCCAGCAGACCACUGAGACCCUCCCGCUACGUCCCGGUGUCAGCAGCCACUUUCUUCCUGGUUGGCUCCACCACGCUCUUUUUCUGCUUCACGUGUCCAUGGCUUUCAGAGCGUUUCUCAGUAGCUGUGCCCAUCUACAAUGGAGUCAUCUUCUUGUUUGUUUUGGCUAACUUCUGUAUGGCCACAUUCAUGGACCCCGGCAUCUUCCCGAGAGCUGAGGAGGAUGAGGAUAAGGAGGAUGAUUUCCGUGCUCCCCUCUACAAGACGGUGGAGAUCAGAGGGAUCCAGGUCAGAAUGAAGUGGUGUUCAACCUGCCGCUUCUACAGACCGCCACGCUGCUCCCACUGCUCUGUCUGCGACAACUGUGUCGAGGACUUUGACCACCAUUGUCCUUGGGUGAACAACUGUAUCGGCAGGAGGAACUACCGCUACUUCUUCCUCUUCCUCCUGUCUCUGACAGCUCACAUCAUGGCGGUGUUCGGAUUUGGGCUGCUCUUUAUCCUCUACCAUCGGCAGAACAUUGACCGCCUGCACGCCAUCGUCACGCUGGCAGUAAUGUGUGUUGCAGGUCUCUUCUUCAUCCCUGUUGCUGGCCUCACUGGCUUCCACAUAGUGCUUGUGGCCAGAGGCAGGACAACCAAUGAACAGGUAACAGGGAAGUUCAGAGGAGGUGUUAACCCUUUCACCAAUGGCUGUUGGAAGAAUGUCUCUCAUGUCCUCUGCAGCUCACAGGCACCCAGGUAUCUGGGCAGAAAGAAGUGUGUGCAGAGUGUGUGUGUGCAGCCUCCCUUUCUGCGGCCACAGCUGACAGAGGCCCAACUGGCUGCAAAGAUCCUGGACAACGGCAUACAGGGAGACCUGCACCGGUCAAAGUCCAGUCUGGAAAUGAUGGAGAGCCAGUCAUGUGAUGCAGAGCCACCUCCUCCUCCUAAACCAGAACUCCGCUACCCUGGAAUCACCAGAGGAAAUACAGAGGAGUGCAGUCUGCUGAACAAAGCCCCUCCCACCCCCACCAUGUACAAAUACAGGCCCAACUACAGCCCUGGCAAGAACCACACAGCGCUCACACACGCUUACGCCAACCAGUUGAGCCGAGGGGAGAGUGUUGGCAGUGCCAGGGACUCCUCUUCCUCCACCUCCUCCCUCCUUCAGGCCAGCCAGCAGCCAGGUUUCCGCUCCCAGCCCAGCUUGGACCGUAGGGACACUUCAUCUGAUCGAGUGGGUGAGGGAGGAGGUGGGGAGAGGAGGGAGGGGAGGAGAGAGGUGGGGGGAGGGGGAAUCCCUGGCUAUUCCCUUGGCGGACGCUCGUACCCCUCCUUCUCCGACCCUACGGUCCUGUCAGCAGUGACGUCGCGGUCUUCCAGCUCCACACACACCUCAGCAGGCGCCGUCCACGUCUCUGAGGCAACCACCAACUCAGCCAGCUUCAAGAGCUUAGCCAAUCAGACACCCCCGCCUCACCACCCGUCCCGCAAUGGUAGCCUGUCCUACGACAGCUUACUGGCAGGUGGGGAGGAUUUCGACAAAGGGGUGGUUGUUGCUUCAGCAGCACCUGAAGUUUCCUCAGGGAGACCCUGCACACCAGCAGCAGGCGGCUACAGCUCCCCCUUCCAGUCGUCACAGCAGAGAGAUGCUGAGAUGCACUCCCAGUCCUCCAAGUCACCCCAUCACUACCACCACUCCUCCCACCACCACCACCACCACUCCUACCUCCAUCGCUCCUCCUCCUCCACGUCUUCCUCCCCACCGCCUCCUCCAGAGAGGGAGCGACUGUUGAGCGAGCUCCAAUCUGGGGCUCACCCUCUACCUGGCAAUCAGGCCUCGGCACCUCCAUCAUCCUCUGCGCCUCCUCCCCCACACCAUCAUCACCACCACCACCACCACCAUCACCACCACCACGGCCAUCACCACCACCACUCAUCCUCCUCUUCCUCUACAUCCCGCCCUCCUCGCUUUGCUGCUCCCCAUGCACCACCCCACCACGCUUAUCCCUACCGCACUCGAUCCACUGACACCCCUCUGGGCUCCUCCUCCACCUCCACGACUCACCCUCCCCGCUCCCCGCACCCCCCGCCUCUGGGCAAAUCGCUUUCUUACUCGAGCGCUGCCGCCGCUGAAAUGCAGUACCGACUGGUCCGAAAGGCAUCUGCGUCAGCUGGAGCGAAUGCGGCGGGGGUAGGAGGAGGAAGUGGAGUGAUAGGAGGAGGAGGAGGAGGAGGAGGAGGAGGAAUACAAGCGCCAAAGGAUGAGCUGAUCCAGAUGAAACCCCUGAGUCGGACCAAUGGCGGCCAGCCCUUCUCCACCUCGUCUUGCUCCGCCCCUUCCUCUCCCGCUCACCCAGUCAGCGUGUCCCCCCGCCACAGAGUGGCCUAUCCCAGUUCGGCAUUGAUGCAGAGUCCCACCCACAAGUCACAGGGUGGCGGCGUGAAGAAGGUGACAGGUGUCGGGGGCACUACCUACGAGAUUUCUGUCUGAGUGACAAGCAGCCUUCUCUUAAGGACCAAUGAGACAAAGUGGAGAUUAUGCUGUCUCCUGGGGUUUUACAAUCCAACAAAGCACUGAGCGACUGUAGACCUGGACCUCUGAGGACCUCUGCAACUUUUUGUCCAGAUCUCAUUCCUCAUGGCUGACUGUCCUGCCACAUAGACCUCCACCUCAAUAACUCUGCUGCUAAAAUAAGAGGAAGACCAAGGUAGCCAGGAUCUGCUGCCACUGGGCUAUUUAAGACUACUGGACAAAAAAGGAAAUGGAUUUUCUCCUCACUGCAGCAUAGUAGCGUGGUCAUUGUGUGGGUAUAGCAGCGCAAGGCAUUAGCACUGCCGUCGCGGUGACUUUGAUCCACCAAUGAGCUCUGACUGGAGUUUAACUUAAAGUCAUCAAAGGUUUUAAUCAGCAAUUUUGGACUCUGCAUUAACCCAUAAGAGCCCAGACCAGUUAUCCUGAAAGGAAAAUGAUGGGGGAUAUACCACAGAACAAGUGGACCACACAGAACACAAUUAUGAUGUUUUUAAAGAAAAAUACUACCCCUAAAUCAAGAUCAAAGAUCUGAGAUGUGACAUAUACAUUACAAUUGGCGUUUAUGGUAUUUAUGUUUAUAUUUCUUAUUUAAAAAAACAAAAAAACUACAGAAACACAAAGCAUUUUUUUCUGCUUACAGAAACAAAUUUUUCUUUGCAUCUCCAAAACAUUAAUCAACAUUUUUUUUCAGAUUUGUAACAAAAUAAUAAUAAAAAAUCAAUAAUAAAUAAAAACAAGUAACCAUUUGCCUUUUUGUCUGCAUCUCCACAACAUUUAUCAAAAUUGCGACACUAAUAGGGCUGUUUAACGACAAAUUAUUUUUUGUUUUUAAGCAACAAAAUAAUAAUAAAUCAAUAAAUAAAAACAAAUAACCAUUUGCCUUUUUGUUUGCAUCUCCAUAACAUAUAUGAAAAUUGUGACUUUAAUUUGUUCAGGAAAUAUAGUCAGAACAAGUUAAUGCAAUACAGGACACCCUAUUAAUGGAUUAGAGUUGUUAAAUGGGUUUAAAUUUAGCCUCGUAAACAAAAAAUACGCUUUUUAAAAUUAGCUACAUUUUCACAUUUCUGUUUCCAGUCACAGCCACAUUUUGGAGAAGUCACUUCUUGUCACAGUCACAUGACCACCACACCAGGGUGUUGAGUAUGUGUCGCUUAGGGAUUUAAUGAGUUAAGAUGAAGCAUAAAGCUGAAUAUGGGAGAUUUUAGAAGAUUUAAAGUGUUACACAGUCUCACCAUGGGUUCUUAUGGGUUAAUAUAAAAAUUGGUGCAGAUGUUUAAUAUUUCAACAUUUUUCCACCAUCACACUCACAUUUCGAACAUCAUUGAACACAUAAGGAUAAUGAUAAUGAUUAUGAUGAUGAUAGUAAUCACAUGCAUUAAAAGAGAUCCAAAUCAGAGUAGAAUCCAUUCAAAGUGAAGGGCUUCUCAUAGACAACCAGUCUAGUAUAAACUAAACGUGUCAUCAGUCAUAUCAGAUGGAGUCUGAGAUAGUUCCUACAACAAGUUCUGGCAACAUUUGUCUUCAUCCACCAACUGCAGUGAUUUCAUUGGACCAUGAACACAGAUGGUGUGUGUGUGUGAUGCAGAAUCAGUGACUGCUGCCACUCGGCUCCAGGCCCCCAUCUCCUUCACAGAAAUGCACAACAGGAGCUCAGUAAUCCAGCAACUAGUAGGAUUUAUUGUGAAUGAGCUGGAAGGAGUCACACAGGAACUUUUCCAUUGAUGUUGCUGCGGGUAUUGACUUGCCUUUCAAUGGAGGGAUGGAAAAGAACUAAACGCUGAUUCCCUGUUUGAGUCAUUUGUUGAUUUAUUCUUAGAUGUGAAUAUGAUUCCAUGUUUGUACAGAGUGAUGUGAUUUUAAAUGUGGAUUUCUUUUUUCAUACCAGACUGCAGCAUGCACUACUAUUACUACUAGCCAGUAUAGGCCACUGUGGUCUGUUGGAACAAACAGGAAGUGAGGAAACUAAAGUGAACAAGAAAAUCACGUGCAGACCUUUUGUUGUUAAUAAGCUCCUAAAGAAAAGGCCGGUCUUUCUACAAAAUUCAUUCCUCGAGCAAUUGCCUUGAAAAUUAAAGUGUUUUUUAUGUCACCUAAUUCAUUUGAAAUUCUUUCAUGGGAAUUUCUAUGGUGUUCUAGCUGUUGAUAAAUGAGUUUUUAAUGAUUACUUUUAAAAUGGUGGUAAACAGAAGAAAGCAGCCUGUCUGAUUGGUUCAGGUUGAAUGCCUUAUUUCUCACAUCGUCACAAAAAAAAGGCUCUUAAUCUUUGUAGCCGUCUAUAAAAUCGCCACCUGCAUAUGAUCUUUAUUCUAUGACAGAGUACCAUGGCUUCUGUUUUAAAACUUGAUUUCAAGUAUUAAGCCAGUGGCUCCAUUUCUCUGUCUUACUAUUUAGACUGGGGACUACAUAAGCUUUAACCCUUUGAUGCACAACAUAUUGACACCCUCUAAUGCACAACAUGGGUCAAAAAUGACCUGCAUUCCUUUCCCAUGUUAUGUAAUGCUUGCUGUGUGUUUCUGUGCUCUCUUUUCUUUAAAUAUCUUGUUUUUGAUAACAAUAGAUCAUUAUUUCCAUUUUGCCUCUCAUACUUUAUGAAGAAAAAAAGUUUUUGUAUUAUUACAUAGCUAACUAUUUGGCUAAGUAGUGUGCUAAGCUAACUACGUAGCCAAGAAGUUAGCUAAGUAGUUAGCUUAGCAAGCUACUUAGCUAACUACUUAGCCAAGCUACUUAGCCAAGUAGUUAGCUUAGCAAGUUACUUAGCUAAAUACUUAUCCAAGAAGUUAGCUAGGUAGUUAGGAUAGCAAGCUACUUAGCUAAAGCAUUAGAAGAGUUGUGACACAAAAUGGGAUUUUAUCAAAAAAUGAAUCACGAAAAAACAUAAAAUUAGGAUGUAUGAUGAUCAAAAAUGGGGAAAACCUGGAAUACUGAAUGAUAUAAAUAAUUUCUUGCAAAGAUAUAGAACAUACAAACUCAUAUAUAUCGGGUUACUUUAGACCCAUGUUGUGCAUCAAAUAGUUAACUAAGCAUAGCUUUAACUUAAUGUUGGACUCAUUUUACAUGCUUAACCCUCUUGGUCCACUGUGGACAUUUCCAGCCAUAUGUCAUUUUCUACUUUUGUUUUGGCAAUAAUUUUGGCUGCGAUACUGCAAAUGACAUGAUUUUUGGAAGAAGGAUUUCUUUCUUGAUAUAUUUUGAAAUUACAUUUUUUCUAAUGGGUCAAUAAUACACUGUGUACAAAUUUACUACCCUGUCAGACCCUUCGGGCUGAAAAUGUCCUCCUCCAAAAAAUUUGCUAUAAAUAUUUUUUUCUACUUUUUUUCUGCAUAAACCUCUUAAACAACUUCUGCCCUGCUCAAAACUACCAAAGAUUCAAAGAUUUUGAGGAUUUUAACCCUUAAAAUGCCAGUUUGAUUGCACAAUGUCACUGUUUUUCCAAGAAAAAAAAAAAAAAAAUUAGUUUGUUGAGUUAACUAAAAAUGCAUCAAAAUCAAUUUUGUUCUUAUUUUUUGACAUAUCCAAGGCUGUGAUAAAAACCAAUGCCCCAGCCAAAAAUUAUUUAUUAUAUGGAAAAUAACUACAUUUUUGUUUUGUUUUUCAUAAAAAACAUUGGUGACAUUGUGCAAUCAAAUUGGCAUUUAAAGGGUUAAAAUGCCCAAAAUGUUUAAACAUUUGGUAGUUUUGAGCAGGGCUGAAGUUGUUCAAGAGGUUUAUACAGAAAAAAGUGGAAAAAAAUAUUAAUCUGUAAAGUUUUUAUGGCAUUUUUUUUGGAAGUGGACAUUUUCAGGCCGAAGGGUCUGAAAGGGUCGUAAGUUUUAAAUCUGACACUACACAAAAACUAAAAAUGCAUUCAAAUAAAUUUUGUCGCUUAUCUUUGACAUAUCCAAGGCUGUGAUAAAAACCAAUGCCCCAGCCAAGAACUAUUUAUUAUAUGGAAAAUAACUACAAUUUUGUGUUUUUUUUCAUAAAAUACUUCAGUGACAUUGUACAAUCAAACUGGCAUUUAAAGGGUUAAAAUCCUUUGAAUGUUUGGUAGUUUUGAUUGGGGUAGAAGUUGUUUAGGAGGUUUAUGCAGAAUAAAGUAGAAAGGUAAAACAUAGAAGAGGCUCCUGGUCGACUAAAUCCAGUAGUGACGAGCUCACAGACAUCUCUCCUUGUUGAACCAUUGUUUGCAAAAGAUUUCACAUCCAAAUUUGAGCAUCAGAUGGGAUAUAUGGGAUCAAGUCAAAGAACUGUGUUGCCCCAAUUAAACUUGGAAUCAGCUGUACAGUAAAAAUAAAACUCUUUAUGUGAGCGUUGUAUUUUAGACUGACUUGAAAUCUGAACAAAUCCGUUUAACUUCAUCGUAAAUCUUUAAAAGUCAAAUUGAGAGAUUUCUGUCUCCUCUGCCUGUGAGUGAAUGACACCACUUGUCUUAACUGCACAUCAAAACACCUCACAGUAUCAUGUGGGUGUAAAUAUAAAAAAUAUUAGUAUUACAUCUGGAUAAAUAAACUAUAAUGGUAUUGACAGAGAGCAGCAGCAGCAGCUGGACGACUGGACACUAGUAGUAACAUUGCAUGAGGAAACCUUGAAAAUUGAAUAAUCUGACACCAACAGAAACUCCUCAGCAUUUCUCUCUGCACAGAUUGCUGAUGGGGAAUGAUGAGCAGGAGACGUCCAAGUUCUCAGUUUAACAAAAGUUUAUUACAAUACGUCAAAAAAUGUGCAGUUACAGAGCUCUGGGUUCAAAUCUACAUGUCCCUGAAACACAGAUGGGUUCAGUUCGUGAAGUCUGAGCCACGUCUAAUUUCCCUGAACCCAUUAAAUCCUCACAAUUGUUUACAAAACAUGCUGGUCGAAUUCUUCCAGGAAGUUCCGCCUUCAUCCGCUGAUUCGCCAGUUUUAAUCAAUACAAAGGCACGUCAUGCCACCUGGUUGCUUGCUGCCCGGAACAAGGCCGUGACAUCAAGUCCUGACCUGCUGACAAACUUGUUAGGACAAACAUUCUGCCUUGUUAUGUCUUACAGAGAUCCCUCACACAGGAUUUUCAUUCCGCUUUCCGCUUUCCGUGGUCUCACCGCUCUCUCCACACACACACACACACACAUACACACACUCACAAAUGCACACACGCACAGCAAAAACUGCAUCAAUAUAUCUGGAUGUCAUUGUUUGCAACAUAAUGAGAAGGCCAAAGGAUUUUCACUGUCUUACAUGGAUUCUAAAGUCUAAAAAAUAUGAAACAGACAAUAAUAUUCUUUGUGAUCAUAGAAUCUUAAUCAGUUUAAGCAAAUUAAAUAUAUGUAAUCAAAGUAAAUAAACUCAAACUCAAACCUCUCCAAGGUUUAGUGAAUUAUGCAUACAUAGUGACCUUUGAUAGUGACCUGCGUUGCGCACAGAGACAGACAACAGAGACAGACAAAAUAGACAGAAUAAUAAAAUUAUUUUAACAAUUCCCUCUUUUGACCUCACAUUCAAGAGGUCAGCUCAAACAAAAUUAUGAACAGUAGCAAUAUCAGUGAGCAGCAAAGCAUGCAUUUCAGAGUGGAUUAAUGUAAUUUGAUAUGGGGAAGGGGAUUUACCUUCGAUGACCCUGGAGAUGAGGCAGACACAGACACAGAUAGAGAAAUACACACAACACCACUAUGCUUGUGUCGUCAAUCUGUCAAUUCCUAUAUAUAAUAUAGUAAUAAUAUAAUAAUACUAGAAAAAUUCCUCUGGGGAAAUUCUGAAAGGGCCACGGGGGCUACUGCCGGUGUGUGUACACUAUGAUGAGAUUCUUCAGAGAUUUAUAACUAUGCCCUUUAACCUCAAAAUGUGUGUGCGCGCGCGCGCGCGCAGCGAAAAUCGCAUAAAGUUACCUGUGUGUGUAAUUAAAAUCACAUAAAGUUACCUGUGUGUGUAAUUAAAAUCACACAAAGUUACCUGUGUGUGUGUUUGAAGCAUAUGUAUGCAUGUGUGAGGAGUGUGCGCGCUUACGCGCAUGUGUGUGUGUGUGUGUGUGUGUGUCUGUAACUGUAAUCACAUCAAAGAUCAAAGGCAAUCAGAUCAAAGCAAUCAACAGAAUUAACUGACACCUAUUCCGGCAGAGUGCCAGCAGAGGUUGACAGACUAGAAUUUCUGGCCUUGAACAGAAAGCAUUUUUGGCAAAACCAUAAUACCUAUCAUUGAUCCGACUUCACUUUGAGCCUCCUAAAUUCUUCCUGAACGUCUACAUAUGUUUUUUUUUAAGAAAAAUUUAAAAAUAGCUUUGUUAGAGCGAUCUAAAAAAACUGUUACAUCUUCCUUCUUUAGAAAUCUUCCUGCGUUUUUAAUAUGGGAGCCAAUGAGGCUGUUGGUGUGUGUUGGUGGCACAUCUGUGCGUCCUACGCCCAAACUGUAAUUCUGACAGCUUUACCAGAGGAUUGUGAGUGAGAAGACAAAAUUUCCUACGUUUCUAUGUAUAAAUUAUUUCUGUAGAGUGGAAUUUGCGGCCUGGAGCGCAGUUUUCAAAUUUAUUUUUUGACAAUUUUUUCUCUCCCUACACUCUGGCGAUGAUGUCACACACUGUGACACGAACAUUCCGUGCAAUACACACCCAUUAUAAUCUCAGAAUUUCUCCAAAAAUGAUCAUGGUCAUUGAACAGGGAUUGAUAAAAAACUAUAUGACCUAUCGGAAUGUGGAUUAAUACACUGAUACACAAGACUUGUGUCUACUGUUUAAAGUUUAAAUGGAGUCUCUAGGUGAAAUUAUGCCGGAGAAGUAGACGUUUAAAAAUCUCCAAUUAUUGUUCUUUUUCGCUCAUUUUAUUUCAGCCGUCCCAUUCAUUUCAAUGCAAAAUUUUGGGCAGUUUUUCGCGACUUACGUUGCGACUUACGUUGCGACUUACGUUACGACUUACGUUGCGAAAAAUUCAUAUUCUGUAGAGAAAAGUAAUAGCACACCGAUCCCAAUCAAACCGCACGUUUUGAUAUAUAAUUUGUCCUUCGCCCUUAUAACCACUUUUAUAUAUAGCGUGUUGUGCGUUCAGAGCUGGUCUUCUGCUGUUUUGUCCAACCGUGUCCGGUUGG